AUGGCCACCUCCUCCGUGCUCCCGCUGCACCUCCCGUCCUGCGCGCGCCGGGCCAGCACCGCCUUGCGCGCCUCCGCGGCCCCGGCGGCGGCGACGGCGACGACCGCGCAGUCACUGGAGGAGUCGUUCGGGCGGAAGGGUCUGCGUUUCGUGGGCGACCCGGCCGGCGGGGCCCCCACCGCGGAGCUCAGCGUGCGGAACGGCAGCUCGCUGCACCUCCGCCUCGGCGACGGCCUCGUCACGUCCUACAAACCCAAGGUGUACUGGAAGGACGACGGGUGCCGGGAGGUGCUGUACACCGUGGCGGGCAAGGGCGGCGUCGGCCUCGUCCUCAACGAGGCGUCGUCCUCCUCGUCCGCCGGCGCGGGCAUCGCCGCCCAGUGGUCUCUGGUCGACGGCGCCGAAUGGACUGUCAGGGACGCCGACUCCGACUCCUACGACGCCGUGCAGGUUGAGCUCGGGUGCACCAAGGGGAAGCUGGACAUCUCGUACGUGGUGACGCUGUAUGGGGUGAGCAUGGCGACGGCGGUGAUCGUCCGGAACACGGGCACCAAGCCGGUGGAGCUGACGGGCGCGGUGCUGAGCCACAUCAAGUUCGACAAGCGAGGCGGCACGGCCGUGGAGGGCCUCCGUGGCUGCCCCUACUGCUCCCAGCCGCCGCCGGCCGCCGCCUUCAGCCUCCUGUCCCCGGCGGAGGCCAUGAUGCGGGAGGACCCCGGCUGGUUCAGCGGCGGCGGCGAGGAGCCGCGCCAGGGCAUCUGGACCGUCGAGGAGGACCUCUACACCGUGCUCAAGAAGAAGGUGAGCCGGGUGUACGCGGCGCCGCCGGAGGAGAGGAAGAAGCGCGUCUACAGCACCGCGCCGUCCAAGUUCACCACCAUCGAUCAGUAUAGCGGGCUCGGGUUCAGGCUGGUGAGGAUGGGGUUCGACGACAUGUACCUGUGCAGCCCGGGAGGCAUGUACGAGAAGUUCGGCAAGGACUACUUCCUGUGCACGGGGAUGGCGUCCAUGUUGGUGCCCGUCGUCGUCAACCCCGGCGAGGAGUGGAAGGCGGCACAGGUCAUCGAGCAUGACAACUUGUAA